CGACCAACUCCUCUUCUCUCUUUGUCUUUCUUCUUCUCGCCUCUUGUCUGUUGGUUUCUCUGUAAAGCAAAAAUCCCAAAUCAAAAAAACUUGAAUCCCUAGCUCGUUUACAAUUGGUAUCAGAGCCUCACCUUGAGAGAGCUCACUACUGCCAAGGGGAAUCGAUCCAUGGCUACAUCAUCUUCAUUUUCGUUUGGAUCUGCGCCAUGUUUCACAGGUUCGAACUAUACGACCUGGAAAAGGCGGAUGCGCAACUUUCUCUGGGGAAUUGAUGAAGGUCUCUGGCUCAUUGUUCGUGAUGGGCUACUUGCGGUAAACCCUGAGGAGCAGAAUGCAUGGACCGCCGAACAGAGGAGGAGUGCACAAUUGAACUGUCGGGCGAUGCAUAUUUUGCAAUCGGCAAUGUCACCGGAUGAAGCUGACAAAGUUGAGCAUUGUGAGUCAGCCAAGGAGAUAUGGACAUGUCUGGAAAAGACCUAUGAAGGGACAUCAAACAUCAAAGAGACUCGAAUCGACUUGCUCAUGCACGAUUACGAGGCAUUUGCAAUGCAAUCAGGUGAGGGUAUCCAAGAUAUGCAUUCUCGUUUUACUAUAUUGAUUAAUCAUCUCAAAGGUUUAGGAAAAAAAUUUCCAUCUAGGGAGUUAGUUCGAAAAAUUUUAAGAUCUCUUCCUAAGGAAUGGUUGCCUAAACGAACCGCCAUAGAAGAGGCAAAAGAUUUAAGCAUUCUCUCGGUGGAUGAAUUGAUAGGGUCUCUUCUUAGCCAUGAAUAUGUUAUUCAACAAGUGGAAAAAGACGAAGGAAAACGUAGAAACAGUAUUUGUUUUAACUCUCAUGCUUAUGAGUAUGAUUCAGCAAGCGAAGAAAAUAAUGAUUUUGAAAAGGAGUUUGCCUUAGUUAGUAGAAAAUUUUAUUCGAUGAUUAAAUAUAAAAAUGAGCGAAAUAAGCAGUAUAUCUAUAAUACUGGGAGAUUUAAUGAUCGUAACAAAUCAGUUCCCCAAGAUAGGCUGCUUGCACAGCAGACCAGAGAUUUGAAUGCAGGUACAAAAGAACAAGAACCUCAAGCAUGCUAUAAAUGCGGAAAGAAUGGCCAUAUUCGUGCAAACUGCCCUCAGACCCUGAAGGCAAAAGAACCUGAUAUGGUGGCUACCUGGAGCGAUUUCGGGUCCAAAUUGGACGAUGAGGAAGCCUAUAUGGCAUUUGCUUUCAACAGUCCAUCCAAUGACGAGGUCUCUUCCAAAUCUGGGCAAAGUGAGGCAGAGUCCACUCCUAACCUUGAAUCCUCUAUGGUUUCUGUUCUUAUGUGCAGGUUGUUUUCAAUUUGCAAUCUCUGAUUUAGGGGGAGAUUGUUGAACGAAUAUGGAAAAAGGAAAAUCAGAGUUGCAAAUAUUUGAAAAAGAUCAUUAGAAUCACCGGCCUUAAUCAAAGGUCACAAGAUGAGAAAGUUUUCAAAUAAGGAAAGACAGGAAGGAAGGCUUGAAGAAUAGCAGCAACGGCAUUGUUCCCUUGGGGCUGUAUAUAUAUGAUUCUUCUUAUCUGUUACGGGGAACUUUGUGAAAAGCGGUAUAGGGCUUUUGGGCAAAGAGGAUCAAUCAUGAUAGAGGAAUAGGUUCUAUCAGAUUGGCGGCUGUAACGGAUCUGGAAUUGGGAUCCGGGUUUCUAUACUUCUUUGUUCGCAUCAUUUCAAUUUCUCGAGUCUGUUUAUGUCUUGUGUUUUAUAUCGAUUGCUUGAUAGGGAAAACUAAAUAAAAAGAGUCUCCUAGAAAUCAGUGGGUACUGAUUCUAGGACGAGGACUGACCCGUAGUUUGGGGAACCUCGUUAAAA